CAGACGCAGGAGCAGGCGAAGAAGUAGAGGAUCCAGAGGCAGAAUGACACGUCCACCAAAUAAUGACAAUCUUAUGACCUUUAAAUUGGUCGUUGUUGGAGAUGGAGGUGUUGGCAAAAGCGCACUUACAAUACAGUUUUUUCAGAAACUGUUUGUUGCGGACUAUGAUCCAACUAUUGAGGAUAGUUAUAUACAACACACGGAGGUAGACAAACAGUGGUGCAUCUUGGAUGUAUUAGACACAGCUGGUCAGGAAGAAUUUAGUGCUAUGCGUGAACAAUAUAUGCGAAAAGGUGAUGGAUUUCUUUUGGUAUAUUCAGUGACUGAUAAACAAUCGUAUCAAAACAUCGUCAAUUUUCAUACUCAAAUUCUACGAGUGAAAGAUAGAGAUAUUUAUCCUAUGUUACUGGUGGCUAACAAGGUUGAUUUGGUACAUUUGAGAAAAGUUACAGAAGAACAGGGAAGAGAAUUAGCUUAUCGUUUGGGCAUACCUUAUAUUGAAACUUCUGCCAAAGAUCCACCGUUAAAUGUAGACGUGGCAUUUCACGAGGUUGUUCGUAUUAUCAGAAAUCAACCCCCAGCUGAAUUGGAGAAAAAUCAAAAAAAGCGACGACGUGCUUCAAAAAAGUGCAACAUUUUAUAA